UGUUAUUUUUGCCUGCUUUAUCUCAUUCGGUUUUCUGGACAAUCGUGUAUUAUUUUAAGGCUUUUUCAGCCAUAAAAGCACAAUAUAAACCAGUUUAUCACGCGUAAAUAAUAGCAAUAAAAGAAUUUUAAAGAAACUACAUGGCGCCUAAAGGAAAGGUUGGAACCAAAGGCAAAAAGCAAAUCCAUGAAGAAAACAAGUCUACUCUGAAGUUCUACACCAGGGUCAUACUGGGAGCUAGUACUUUAUACACAGCAGCAAAUCUUCUAUUUUCUGACACCUCCUUUUGGACAUGGUUCUUCUUGUUGUUUGCUUUGGUAGUCUAUGUUGGAAGCUACAGAUCGAUGUCUGCCAUGGCCAAACCAGCUUUUGCUGAUGAUGGCACUUUAUUGGACAGUGGAAUUGACCUCAACAUGGAACAAGGCAUGGCAGAGCACCUUAAAGAUGUCAUCUUGCUGACUGCCAUAGUCCAGGUCCUUAGCACUCUCUCCUCCUACUUCUGGUACCUCUGGCUUUUGGCACCUGCUCGGGCUUUGCAUUUAUUGUGGGUAAACUUGUUGGGUCCUUGGUUUUCUGCUGAGUCUUCUGCACCUCCUGAGGAAGUCCUAGAAAAGAAGCAGAGACGACAGGAGAGACGACACAUGAAACGAUUCUAACUAUUACUUCUUUUAUUUUUUUCCAUUGUACACAUGAACAUUAUUAUUUGUUAAAGUGAAAUACAGUUAUUGAUUUCUCACUAUGUUCUGA